GGUGCUUCUCUGCGCGCGCCGGCUUUUCCUUUUUUCAAAGAUUAUUUUUGCCAUUUUAGAUCUUUCGACGAGACCCAAGCAGCCGGCCAAGGAUCCAGCCACAAAAUCAAUCAGGGGUCAGUUGUUGAGUGUUGUCGUCUUGCCUCGGCAGCUAGCUCUGGAGCCAGACAGACGUGGAUAUCUAUCUUUGACGGUCAGUUGUGUCCUUGCUUCUGCUUUGGACUACUAGAGUGUGUCUGUGACGAUCAAGCUGAGACUGUCUAACUAACUGGCUUCAAGAAGUCGGUCAAGUGUAGUGUCGGGCUAGUACUGUAGAGCCGCAACGUUGGGUUGCGCGUUUUCGGUGAUUCUGUGGUAGAAAAUCCUUAUGAGCAAUCCAAGCAACGCCAAAAGCAAGCGCAAACGUAAAUCGGCAACCAGCAAGAGCAGCAAUAACAUGUGGAGUUCAUCGUCAAAGAAGAAGCGUGGAUCUUCGACCACCAGCUCCUCGGGACUGAACACGGACAAUGCUGAAAAACUCUUUCAAGAGAUUGCUGAUGAAGACGAUGAUCAAGUGGCGGGAAUGGAAGGAAUUUCCCAACUGUGCGAAAAAUUGGAUAUUGAUCCUCUGGAGGAUCUACGCGUCUUGGUCUUGUUGUGGAAAAUGGGCGCCAACGAAAAACCGGCUCAGAUUUCCAAGCAAGAAUGGAUGCAAGGGUGUGCCAAAUUGAAUGUCGAUUCCAUUGCCAAAUUCCAAAACAUUCUGCCCUCGUUGGACACGGGCUUUCUAGAUCAAACAGAAUUCAAAGAUUUCUACAAAUUCUGCUUUCAAUUCAAUCGACAAGGGACACACCGUACAUUGGACAAGGAAUUGGUCGUCGCAUUGAUCAAAAUGGUCUUGAAGGAGCGAAUUCCCAAGGACCGAUUGGAUAGCUUUUGUGACUUUGUCGAAUCACAGGAAUCCUACACACGAAUUACGCUGGAUCAGUGGACAUCCUUUCUGGACUUUUGCUACGAAUGUGAGGACCUGAGUUCUUACGAUGAAUCUACAUCUGCCUGGCCCGUCCUCAUUGACGAGUAUGUCGAAUUUAUGGAGGAACGAGCGAAAAACAAGAAGUAGACUAGAAGCAAAAUUAUUGUUUGCUGGCCGUUUAAACACUUGGAUUGUUUGCUUCCCUUAUUGGUUGUAACGAACGGUCAGUAGGACAAAAGGAUAAUAAUAGAAAUCGCGAUUGUGUACAAGUACGCCAGCUUGGGCAAAUCUUCACUC